AUGACAAUUGCGGUCUUUACACAGCCUGGGAAGACGGAUGGCAGGACAGUAUAUUAUUUUAUCCUGUGCUGGGUUAGCAUCCCUGGAAUCGUAUAUUUGACCGCUGUUCCCAUGUGGCCGCGGAUCAGGAAAUUCGGGAACGUAUACGCCUUUGCAUUCGUCGAUGGUCUCUUUACGCUGCUGUGGUUUGCAGCCUGGAUAGCCACGGCGACGUACGUGGGCACAGGUAUCAGCAAGGGCAGCAAGGGGGAUACGGACAAAGACAAGGACAAAAACAAGAAUAAAUCUGGCUGUGAUGUCUUUGCAUUCGGAAGUCCAACAAAAUGCAGACUGAGUACUGGAACUACCGUUUUAGGCGUAUUUGUCUUCAUCAUCUUCAUUGCAACGACCCUCCUCUCACUUAAGAACGUGAUGGAGUACCGCCGAACAGGAACAAUGCCCUACGAUGGCUCAGAUCCUACAUUCGCUGCUCACGCGCAAGCUGCAUUCUCGUCAAACCCAGCACAUGACUUUGACGACGAUGACGAUAGAGACCCCGAGUCCCGAACUGGUCGUUUCCAUGGCGGACCACCAUCACGUCAAAACGACGAGGACGAGUACGCUUUACUUCAUAACAGCGAGGUAGACGAUCUAGGCCCACAUGGCAGCCAUCGCCCUCCACCGUCUUACGACCCUACAGCGUCGAACGUCAGCAGCCAGCCGCCUAGACUAAGCCCGCUACCACCAGCAGGAAGCUCGAUGAGCGAUUUCGAUACAAGUUAUGGAGGAGCAUACGGCGGCCACCGGUCAGAAGUAUCUGGCGACUAUACCUAUAACCGAUAA